ACGUCACAGUUUUUAUGGCUAAAAUUUGAGGCUGUUACGUGGAUUUUACUCAAUUUAGUGAAAAUGUUGCCUUUUUAAGCCGGAUUUUUUAAUUUUAUCUUCAACACUUUGGCUUCUACAUCCCUACUGCACAACCGUUUAGUCGCUUAAAAUCAUUCUUUACUUACUGCUCCCGUGUUAGAGUGUGAAAUCGUGCGCCGGAGUACUCAUCAAAUUACUCAACUUUGAGGUUAUUUAUCACAAUGCUGAAACAAAUUUCUUGUGUCAUGGAUAUUUUCAUCCGUUUUUAGAUAGGAAAAUUUUUAGGUAGUUGAACUGCUGAACUCCUGUUCGGCUGAGGCUUAUUAGUGACUGUCGCUGGAAAAUGAUGCACGACAUUAGCUCUGACUCUGGGUCGCAGAACAUUGUUUCUGCCACAUUCAAAGGCCUAGGUCAACGUUACCAAAAAUGUUUAGAUGAUGUAACUCCUUACACAGUUGGAAGGUGGAUUGGCGCUGGUGUUUUAACACUAUUCUUUUUAGCUAGAGUAUUUAUCCUUCAGGGUUGGUAUAUAGUUACUUAUGCACUGGGUAUAUACCAUUUAAAUUUAUUCAUAGCAUUCCUUUCACCAAAAAUAGACCCUGCUCUAGAAUUUGAAGAUGAUGCUGGGCCUGGUCUCCCAACAAAAGCAAACGAGGAGUUCCGUCCUUUCAUCAGACGGUUACCGGAAUUCAAAUUCUGGUACUCUGUCAUGAAAUCCACAACAUUCGCUACUUUCUUCACUUUUUUCGAUUGUUUCAAUGUUCCAGUCUUUUGGCCUAUUCUUGUCCUAUAUUUCAUCUCAUUAUUCUGUAUUACUAUGAGAAGACAAAUCAAGCACAUGUUCAAGUAUAAGUACCUCCCAUUCACGCACGGGAAGCCUCGCUAUCAAGGUCAUGAAGACUCAGGCAAGGUGAUUAACGCUAAAUGACAGCCUGCCGAACGGUUGAUUCCACCUGAACCACCUAGGGAAGGAUAACUCAGCUAAAAUCUCAGACCACUAACUCGGGCUUAUGGGUGUUUUGAGCAAAACUAUUCUUUCACUUUGUCUUGCGCAUCUCUGAUUCUUGUUGUUUCGAGCGUCAAAUUCUCCUCCAGAAAGUUCAGUUUUUGUUGGCAUUCGUUUUUCCUGAUUGUAUUUAAUCUAUCGUUUCUACCUUUAUCUGUUAAAGGCCCAGUUAGAAAAGAAUGAAACUUGAAUUUAAAUCACUCUCUUUUCAUAAAGCAGAGAAACUAAUAUGUUAUGAGAAACGGCAUUAACACCAAUUUUUUAAGUAUCCUCAACACAAUGGCUCACUAGACACGGUGCAAAUUCAAGCAUUAUAAGUAAUUUUUUCUUAUCGAAACUUCACGUACGAAACGAUUUGUGUGACAAAAAUUAUGAAAAGUUACUCUAAUCAAGGUACUAACAUUUUUCGAUGCAGAAAUUCAACCCUCUUGCUCAUUAAAAAGACAUUAUCUACUAGAGUUAAAUCGCAAACUAAUUGUUAAAAUAACAGCCUCUGCAGUAUAAAAACAUGGCAAUUUUAAUCUCAGCGCUCCAGCUCAGGCCUUGCACGCUGGUUGCACUUUGAACAUCUGAGGGUGAGAAAGGAACACCGUUCGAUAAAGAAUCUUACUGAAGUGUGUGAUUUGAUUCGCCCAAAUUCGGAUUUUUCUUGUGAAUAGGAGAUUCAACUUUUUGUAACUAGUGCUAAAUGACAAAGUUUACAUCCUAAUUAGGAGUCAAUUUUAGUAAUUCGUUGCACGAAUCGUGUUUUACGUGAAACCUUGAAGAGGAAACAUAUUAGAGUCCUUAAAUCCAUACCUUAUUUAGUGGUCCAUUGUCUGUAAGUUGUUUCUGGUUUGGUUCUUUUUUAGAUGGAAAAAGCAUUUAACUUUUAGUCCUUUCUGACAGUACUCUUUAAGUAAGAGAGGAGAGCUCAUGCUGGUUUUCUGUGUAUUAGUUCUUGUUAUAAUGUUAAAAAUAAAGAACAAAUAUAAGAAAAAAAAAUAGGCUUCAAUGUUUUCCCCUGAAGAUGGCCUUCAACUGAAAAUUGUUUCUAAAUUUUGUUAUAAUUUUAUCUAAUUUUCAUUGUUUUCAAGUGGCUCUGGCUAGGUACCUGUAAGUUGUGUUUCUCUGUCUCUUUAAAACUGGUAAUAGUCUGUUCUGCACAUGUAGCCACUACCUAGUCAAAAAUUUGAAAUUUUGGCUGAAUGAUAUUUUUUGCAAUAAUAUGAGGACUUUAGUAAAUUUUAAUGUUUGUCUUUUUAGUGAUUUUUUGUAGGCAGUGAAGAUUUCAUGAAUGAAAAUCGCAUUUACCACUGUCCUUUGUUUGUUAUGAAUUUCUUAGCAUAGCAAAUGUUGUUUUUUGAGCCAAAGAUACCUUUCUCAACCUCAUAACAUUAAUCUCUAUGUAGGCAUCAGGGUUAGCCUAUCAGCCCCGAAGACGCUUGCUCAGAUGUAGGUAUUAUUUUUUUCCUAACCAAAUAAUUCUCUUCAAUUCCAUUGUAAGAGAUAAGAGGUAAAAUCUUGAAUUCCAAUCUAUAAAUUCCUCUGAACCACUGCGCCAAAUCCUUUCAUGCUCUUUGACGUCGUGAAAAUUCUUACAACUCUCCAUAAAAAUACCAUCUCUUUUUUGAAAAGAAGUCUUCAGUCCUCGUGAUAUUAUUUGAAAUGCGGUCAUGAGACAUAUACUUUAAAAUUUUAGUGAUACGUACUUGUUGAACGCGAUUUGUUAACUUGAAAAAAUAGGAAGUCAAUUUUGAUCUUUCUUUACUAGUCCUCUGAAGAUUUUAGCUGUCCUGCAAUAACAAAUUCAUUCCUUAUCUCUCAUGUCUUUCCCAAAACCAAGCCACAUGUAAGUUUUUUGUCAAAAAGUACCAGGGCUCAAAGCAGUAUUACUGCGAAAUGUCAGUUUCAAGAAACCAAAAAAAGGUCAUGGAUUUUAAGAGAGAUAGUUUAACUCAUCUCUUACUCAAAAGGAACAUUUUACAAUCAAGCAUUUAUCUAAAAUCGUUAGGAAGUUUUUCUCAUUUGAAAAAUUGAAAUAUUGCUGUUGCCAUAUAUCAGGUACAUUAUCAUAAUUUGUUAGACCUUUUGAUUCAGCCAGUAUACUAUUAGCAUUAAAUCAAUCUGUAAAUAUUCCCACAGUAAUUCGGCUAGUUGAAAGCUUUAUGGAUACUUAGUUGACCAAAGAAAUAAUUUUUAAAACCUUGAAGCAUGGGAGAAUAUCUUUGGAAUGUGUGAUGAAAUUGUAAAAUUUUGCCCUCUUAAGUAGUUUCAUAAGGUUGGCUUUAAUGAUCAAAAUGAGCCCAUCAAGACAGGUCAUAGAUGCAGCUGUUAAAUGACUGCUAAACAAGAAAGCUCUUGACUAUUUUCUCACUAAAAAUACCUAAGUAAGUUAGAGGGGUCAUCAGCAAUUUAGCUAAGUUGGCAGUUCUUCACUCUCCAUUUACAAAUGACCGCAUCGCAGUUGUCUAAUAGCAAUCAAGGAUUGAUCGCGGCUCGUUCACGAGCAAGUAAAUAAUAGCCAACUCAACUGACGACACCUCUAGGCACUUUGAAAUCUUUUCUAAUAACUCAGAUAUAACCUCAGAAGAAUGUAUCCUUGAGGAGAUAUCACAGGUUCCUUAAGUUUCUGUAUCAGUGAUUGCAAAUUUCUUUCAUCAUACCUAUAGUAAUUUUAAGAUGGUCUUAGGUUCUGGGGAUUUAUUCUACUAUUUAGUAGGACAAUUUGACUUUCAAUUGAAAAUACAAUUAAUUAAUUUGGCUUCAUCGUAUGUGUAAUUUUGUAUAUGUUGUGUACAUAAAAAGUAAUUCUGCAAAAGUAA